AUGUGGAAUGACACGGAUCAAGGCCUUCAGCACAGCCUGCUGCGACACAGCUCCGAGUGGAAGGAAGUGAUUCAGGGAUUUGAAGCGACGGUCGAUUCUUUUUCAUCCACGAUGAAAACGCAACUGGAUACGAUUGGAAAGAACGCUUUCACUCUCGACGCCGUUCGAAAUUCGACAUGGCCAAGCCUCAAUGAUGAAGAUAUGAAAACGGUGAGCAAGCUGCAAAUCAGCAUCUACGAGUUUCUCCGGAACAACGUUACCUACGCACAUUUACUUCGAGGUCAUCGAUCUGAUGAUGAACCCAAAGACAAGGGUGGUGUGUGCAUC